AUGGUGGCUUUGAUCACCUUUGCUAUGAUAUUUUUGGUACUCGUGGUGGUCGGGGUAGUAGUUGCGCUCGUAUAUUUUACGUCCACCACUGACAACACGACCACAACCACAACCGAAACAACGACCACGGGCAGCACCAACACGGCCGCAGACUCUACUACUACUACUACUGGAGCACUGACUAACCGAUCAUGUACUACUACUACUAGUGGUGGUGGCGGCAAUCGUCGAAAGCCGCGCCUUGGGCUCGGUGUGUACGUUGGACAAGAGGCCAAGGGACUGGAUGUGGGCUGGAGAUACUACACCAUGGCCGAGCUCAGCAGCCCCACGACCAGGGGCGAGUACAACUGGACGACCUUGGAAAAGGAUCUGGCCGGCGCCAAGUCCCGUGGCCGGCCAAUGAUCGUGCGGAUCCAGGACCAGAGUGGCACCAACUCUGGUGACAACCAAAAGUCUUUACUGUCCCCGUACGUGAGUCAGCCGAACAAUGUGCUGUUCGGCAGCUCAAAGUUUGUGGGUGUGGACUGGUUGUCCGCGGACGUGCAGCAGUCUGAGCUCAACUUUUUCACGGCGUUCGUGGCCAAGUUCAAUAAGGACACGCGGAUAGCGUACCUGCAAGCGGGCUGGGGGUUCUGGAGCGAGAGCCACCUGUACCACGACGGCACCGACUAUAUCAAGCACGGGGUCAACUAUCCGUCGAAAGAAUACCAGGCCAAGUUUGUGGACCACCUGGCCGGCCUGUUCAAGUGUCUGACGUUUUCGUUCAGCAUUGACGGCGCGUUGAGUGGGCUGCCUCUAGACGACCUCAGGUACGGGGUGUUUAAUGACUCGCUCAUGGCCAAGGGAAGUAGUAGUCAGGAUGCGUACUAUACCAAGCUAAAUUUUGCAGAGUGCAACAAGACCAGGCCAAGCGGCGGAGAGUUCCCCGAUUCGAUCAAGACGCCGUUUGGGGAUGCGGCGCUUCUGGAAUGA